AUGUACUCGCCCAACUCAGCAUCUCAGUGGGGUUCUCCCACUGCUUCCAGGCGAGCGCUGCUCAUUCAUGGUUUGACUGCGUCUUCGGAUUCGUGGCAAGGCCUCGCUCAGCUAUUAGAAGCAGAAGGGUUCUUUGUCGUCGCGCCGAAUCUCCUUGGCCAUGCAUGGAGACGGGGCACCGACUAUAGCAUGUCCGCCCUUGCAGAGGACCUCCGGCCAUAUUUCGUCAUGGACACCUUCUACGACGUGAUUAUAGGCCACUCUCUUGGAGGCACGGUGACCUUGUCGCUCUUGCCAUUCUUGCCCAACACAAAAGAAACCACCGUUAUACUCCUCGAUCCCCCGCUCGAGGUUACAGAGGAGGAUUCUCAAAUUCACAUGCAACUUGUUAAAGAUGAGAUCAUGAAUGCCAAAACUCCCGAAGAGCAUAUGGCUGAGAAUCCUACUUGGUCACGACGUGUCUGCAUAUUGAGAGCGCUGGGAAUCUCCAUGUGCGAUCGCACUGCUGCCGAAGGAAUCUUCUUGCAUAACAGGCCAAUGUCUUUUAGUGGGCUGCUCAAAAACAUUCCCAUUAACGUGAAGAUCACUUUGCUGCUAGCAGAUCCGAAAUUCGGCGCGGUUUGUUUCUUGGAGCACAUCCCUCAAGGCAUCGAGAGAUUGAAUGUCAGAGUUCUUCCGGGCAUCGGUCACAUCAUUCAAUACGAGCAUCCGGAUGCUAUCAUGGAUGCAAUCCCCGGGCCGCUACCAAGAGCAAAGCUAUGAAUCGUGCGAAGGAGAAGUGGGUAUUUACUGCGGUAGUUUGUCUGCAACUGCAUUGUGUGUUUCAGGUGUCACGCUCAGAGAAAGACAAUAGCUUUUCAUACAUCAUGUUUAUAUUUUGUUUUCGAAUUGCGCUCGUCGCUCGCC